AAGAUUUUCAGCUGAUGAGGCGCUAGGAAGUUCAAACACCAUUGUGUCUGGGUCCUGGACUGGUGAUUUGGAGAGAGCUCUAACAGGACCCGGGUCUCCCUCGAGGGCAGGAUGGCCCAGGAUCUCAGUGAGAAGGAGCUGCUGAAGAUGGAGGUGGAGCAACUGAAGAAGGAAGUGAAGAACCCACGUGAUCCGAUUUCCAAGACAGGAAAGGAAAUCAAAGAUUAUGUAGAGACCCAAGCAGGGGCCGACCCUCUUCUCAAAGGCAUCCCAGAAGACAAGAAUCCCUUCAAGGAGAAAGGCACUUGUGUGAUAAGCUGAUGGCCCACCCUCACCACCGUCACCCUUUCUCUGUCCCUCCUUAGCCACAUCCAAGUGUAUCUGGGAUACCUAGGGAUCAAUGUUUACUUCCUCUUAGACACAAAUAAAGAUGCUGAGAAAAAACAA